CAAUAGAAUCAUUAACAAGUAUUCAUUCUCUUAUCGCUAUAUAAAUAUCAACCCCAUCCGAGCUCUUCUAAUGUCUUGUGCUCGCUGCUCAAUUAGCUAUAGUUAUUAUACAUAUAUAUAAAUCAAAAUCUACUUGUUCAUCCUUUCUUCACUCUUUCGAAGAUGGAACCAAUUGAUGACAUUGAAUAUGCUGAAUCCAUUUCGGCUUCUGAGAUUUUGCUUCUGAUUUUUCUUAACAUUGUACUUGAACACUUCUUUUCAGGUUUAUUGUACAUUUUCAUACUCUGCGCCGCGUUCCUUUUUUAUCUGUGGAAAUCUUGGGUUGCCCACCGCAACUUCGUCCAACGCCUAGACGCGGCUGAUUCUGCCACCUGCAUGCGAAGUGUUCGACAAAAUGCUUAUGAGGAGCAUUACCCCACAGAAAUUGUGGACGUGCCCAUUAACGACACACGAGAAGUGAAACUGUCCAUCGAAGACGUGAAAACCAUGAUGGAGGCACUUGAUCGUGAGCAUGACUGUAACAAUGAAAAUAAUAAUCUUGGGUUGAGUGCUGAGAUUGAGGGGCUGUUUGAGGAAGAAGUGAGUUUGGGGGAAGUUAAGGAGGCUUUUGAUUUGUUUGAUGAGAACGGUGAUGGGUUUAUUGAUGCAGAGGAGUUGAAGAAAGUGUUGUGUGCCAUGGGAUUUACAGUGGCUUCAGGAAUCGACGAAUGCAAGAAAAUGACAGUCAUAGCAACCCAAUUGAAGUUWACUUCUUUUUUGAAAAUAGGAGAAGAAGAGGGAUCUUAUUAUUACAUUUUUGGCUUUCCAAUGAUGGUAUAUCAAACAAGAAUCAUUGGACGUCCUUUGCUCAAUCUUGUGAGAUUGAAAGGUUUUCCUAUUCUGCGGCAACUACAGUUGGAAGAGCGCUUACUUCGAAACACAUCAGAUAAUUGGUGUAUCAUGAAUGAUGGAACAGAUAAUCCAACUGUUGUGAUGGGCGUUUCAGGGAAACCUGAUGAGCUCCUUGACAUCAAAUCUGUGCUAGGAGAUCAAAUUCCAGUCAUCAGAAGGUUUUCAGGGGGUGGAACUGUUAUCGUUGAUCAUGACACAAUAUUUGUCACCUUCAUAUGUAAUAAAGAUGCCGUUGCCGGACUAAAACCAUUUCCUCAACCUAUCAUGUCCUGGAGUAGUCUAGUAUAUGAUAAAGUAUUCCAAGGAACUAAUUUUUAUCUUCGGGAAAAUGAUUAUGUCUUCGGUAACCACAAGUUUGGUGGAAAUGCUCAGUCCAUCACUAAAAGCCGGUGGAUCCACCAUACUUCUUUUCUGUGGGACUAUGAGGUUGGGAAUAUGGCAUAUCUGAAACAUCCUAAACGGGCUCCUGAUUAUCGUGAGGCAAGGAAUCAUUUGGAUUUUUUAUGCCGCUUGAAGGACUACAUGCCAAGACAGGUAUUUAUUGAUAAAACAAUAGAAGCAAUUGAAACUCAAUUUGCUACAAGUAUAAAGCAAUUUGAAGAAUGUGAACAUUCUUCGACUGGAAACUAUAGUCCUACAACAAGGAUGCUGACACAGCAAGAAUUGGAAACAGCUGCCGGUUGCGGAUCGCAAAUACAUAAGCUUGAUAAAUUCUUGGACGUAGCAAUUUAAUCAGUAAUUCUUUUAAAUAAUCACGGUAUGGCUAUUUUUCCCAAAUAAUUAAUUACACAUACCCUUCUUUUAUAUUAAAUUCGUAAUGAAUUCCAAGUCCCAGCAUCAAAUAUUCUUGUUCUUGCCURUUAUCAUUGAAUUAGCGUGCCUACAACCUAAUUCAAGUCACAGUAUCAUUUAACA